ACGUCUACGGCGGACGCACGGCGUUCCAGCGUGUCUUCUGCUGGAGGAACGAGAGAACGGUGUCGCUCUUCGUGUGACGCGAAAUAACCACGACCGUAAGGCUCAGAGAACGAAAAGUGCUGGAGGAAGCAGGCUCUGAGCCUGCAUUUGCGGGAAUUGGACGAAGAAUGGAAAGUGAAAAAAAAGAAAGUACUGAAAAGAAAAAAGAAGUCGAAAAAAAGAAACGCUCUCGAGUUAAACAGGUGCUGGCAGACAUUGCUAAGCAAGUGGACUUCUGGUUUGGGGAUGCAAACCUUCAUAAGGACAGAUUUCUUCGGGAGCAGAUUGAAAAAUCGAGAGAUGGAUAUGUUGAUAUAUCACUUCUGGUAUCCUUUAACAAAAUGAAAAAGUUGACCACUGAUGGGAAGUUAAUUGCCAGAGCAUUAAAAGGCUCAGCUGUUGUGGAGCUGGAUUUAGAAGGCACCAAAAUUAGGCGAAAAAAACCUUUGGGUGAAAGACCAAAAGAUGAAGAUGAACGCACAGUAUAUGUGGAAUUACUUCCCAAAAAUGUUAAUCACAGCUGGAUUGAAAGAGUAUUUGGGAAAUGUGGCAAUGUUGUUUAUAUAAGUAUACCACAUUAUAAGUCUACUGGAGAUCCAAAAGGAUUUGCGUUUGUGGAGUUUGAAACAAAGGAGCAGGCAGCAAAAGCUAUUGAGUUCCUUAACAACCCACCAGAAGAAGCACCGAGGAAACCUGGCAUAUUUCCCAAAACUGUAAAAAAUAAACCUAUUCCGGCCUUAAGAGUAACUGAUGAGAAGAAAAAGAAGAAAAAGAAAAAAGGCAGAAUAAAGAAAGAAGACAGCACACAGACCAAAGAUUUAAACAUGGACACAAGUAGCUUAUCCCUCUGUAAGAUAAAAAGAUCAAGGACUGCAUCUGAGGGCUCUGACGCAGAGACACCGGAACCCCAAAAGCAACCUGCAAAGAAAAAGAAAAAACGAGAUAGAGAUAGGGGUGAAAGCCUAGCGGAAGGCAGAGCGGGGAAGAGGAAAAGAAGCAGCUCUGGAGAUGCAGAAUGCCUGGCGCCAAGAUCAAAAAUUAAGAAAAUAACUCAAAAAGGCAUUAAAACGGAAGCUUCUGAAAUUUCCAAAGAAAACAGAGAUCUAGAAUUUUCUACAGAAGAGGAAAAAGACACUGGAGAUAUUAAAGAUGGUUCACUACUGAAAACUAAAAGAAAGCACAAGAAAAAACAUAAGGAGAGACAUAAAAUGGGUGAAGAGGUUAUACCACUGAGGGUACUUUCCAAGAUUGAAUGGAUGGAUUUAAAAAAAGAGUAUUUAGCACUACAAAAAGCCAGCAUGGCUUCUUUAAAAAAAACAAUAUCUCAAAUAAAAUUGGAGUCAGAAAUGGAAACAGACAGUAGUUUACCUAGUAAGCCUGAAGUGAAAAUUGCAAAAGCCAACAGUCAAGAGUGUCGCCCUCUGGAGAACACAGGACCACAAUUUGUUAGUGGCGUGAUUGUAAAAAUCAUUAGCACCGAGCCUUUACCUGGGAGAAAACAAAUCCGGGACACCUUGGCCACAAUCUCAGAAGUUGUUUAUGUUGAUUUGCUAGAAGGAGACAUAGAAUGCCAUGCCAGAUUUAAAACCCCUGAGGAUGCUCAAGCAGUAAUGAAUGCACAUACUGAAAUUAAAAAGAAGCAUAACUGGAAACUUGAAGUCCUUUCUGGUGAUCAUGAACAGAGAUAUUGGCAGAAGAUUUUGGUAGAUAGACAAGCCAAACUUAAUCAGCCUCGGGAGAAGAAAAGAGGCACUGAGAAGUUAAUCACCAAGGCUGAAAAGAUUAGACUGGCAAAAACUCAACAAGCAAGUAAACACAUUCGAUUUUCUGAAUAUGACUGAAGAAAAUUAGACUUUACCUUUUCAUUUCACUGAAUAUUUGAGCGAUUCUUGGGAAACUCAUUUUAUUAUGGUAGUACAACAUGCUAAAUGUUUUUCUAAAACACAAAAGAAUCCCUAAACUUGUAAAUAAGACUUUUGACAAGUACAUUGCAAACCAGUUUUUUUGCCAAAUAUUUUAUUUGAAGUAGGUAAUGCAACCUCAAUUGAUUUCAUAAAUAAACGUGUUUUGAACAUUA